GCGAAAGCGAUGUUGUUUCUCUUUCGGAGUCUCGUUGACAUGAAAUUUGUCGGAAACCGUCGCCAUGUUUAGAAGUGUCUCUGCGUCCUUGAGCAAGUCAAGCAAAAAUGUUCGGUAAAAUAUUAGAUAUAUUGAAUUCUCAGCAAAUUACGUGAGAUAUCCAUUUCUAAUUUGUCGCUUAUUAAUCACGGGUGAAAUAGUUAUUCCCGUGGAUGGGCGACCUAGGAGGCGGAAUCUUGUGAUUCCGAAAUGAAUCAUGUGUAAUGAGUGAUAAACAACCUGGUACUACUUUGCCACCCCUCAGCGGGGGUGGAACAAAUAAUGGAGGGAACAAUGGAGGAUCCCAACAAACAGUUAAUAUACAUCAAGUUCUUACGACUGCUCAAGGCCUUAAUGUUCUUACUACAGGUGCAGGACAACAAUUUGUCCUCGCCUCUCAAGUUCCAGGCCUCACGCAGGUUUUGCCGAGUGGCGCGACGACAACAGCAAAUUUGCAACAAUUGGGCGUCACGCGAAUUGUCAAUAUUGGUAGCAGCACAUCUCCCCGUGUUGUUGGACUCGCGAGUGCGAGCGGCUCGCCUCUAUCAUCACCCUCCCGUCAAACGUCAACCAAAGUGGUUUUGACGACAUCGCCAAAACUUGUUCGCACCUCCCAUGGCAAUAUGUUUGUUACGCCGACAGCAGCAGUAGCAGCAGCGACAACAACAGCAACAGCACAAUUAACGGGACAAUCGCCGUCAGCGAGAAAAAAAUUAAAACUCACCGACACAACGGAAAAAUCAACAACAACAACAACAUCCGAUGAUAAUACAACAAUGGGUUAUCGUCGACGAAUAAUGGAACAAAAAAUGAAACGAAUGCGUUCGGUGAGAGAAAAAUAUGCUGACAAUGCCGCGGAACUUUUCUUUUUACACGCGGGCGGUAAUGUGAUGGAUUUUCACACGUGGAGAAAACGACCAGUGACACCGCAAUAUUUACACUUUCUCCGACAGCAUAAAUUAGAUCCCGAUGAUGAUGAUGAGGAUUUAACAGUGCCGUUACCGGAUUUGGCUGUUACGCCAACGAUUACUGUUGUUAGCGCCACUCAAUCAAUGAGUCAAGGUGCAGAAGUCAAAGUACCGGGCAUUGGCGUCACUCCUGUGGCUGUUUCGACGACUCUGCCAACUGCCGUUGCUCAACUUAGUCAACAAGGACAUAUACCAGGUAGGCCACAAGGGGGCCGCCAUGGCAUGGUCUUUGCCAUCCGAGCUGCCAUUCAGACCUCACCAGUGUCCGUUCACCCUUCACCCACCUCUACUCUAGCACCCGCUCUCAUUAUAGGCGGAACUCCCUUAGUUUUAGAUCCACCACAAACAGUCACUACAAAUUCUGCUAGUCCAGCAUCGGAAAAACAAUCGUCGACGACAAAUUCGAUGAAUCGUUCAUCACCUGCCACACUUUCCGGCAAUCAACCUGUUGUUAAACUCGUGAAACUACCCACGUCUUCUGUAACAACAACAUGUGAUACCUCGAGUAAUCAAGAACAAAUUGUAGAAAAGGCCAAACAGGAGGCGUAUGUAAUGCAGAGGAUUGCCGAAUUACAAAGAGAAGGUUUAUGGUCCGAGCGAAGAUUACCAAAAGUUCAAGAACCCGCGAGAUCGAAGGCUCAUUGGGAUUAUUUAUUGGAAGAAAUGGUUUGGCUUGCCGCUGAUUUUGCCCAAGAACGAAAAUGGAAGAAAGCAGCGGCGAAAAAAUGCGCGAGAAUGAUUCAAAAACAUUUUCAAGAAAAGGCCAGCCAAGCACAGAAAGCAGAAAAACUCGAGGAGCUUCGAUUGAAAAAAAUUGCGAGCUUUGUCGCAAAAGAGAUAAAGACUUUCUGGUCAAAUGUAGAAAAGUUGGUAGAAUAUAAGCAACAAACGAGACUGGAAGAAAAGAGAAAAAAGGCACUAGAUCAGCAUCUCAAUUUUAUCGUCGAUCAGACUGAAAAAUACUCAACGUGGUUAACCGAGGGUCUUAAUAAAACUGAAGGAAGUCAAAGCAUGCCAGUAUCCAUAAAUAGUUCUCGAAUUUCAUCGCCUAUACCCUCAGGAAAGCAACAUUCAGACGACGAAUUCGAACCAAACCAAAGUUCCGACGAUGAUGAGGAGACAAUAGCAAAAGCUGAAGAGGAAAUAAAAUCGAAUCAUAAAGAAGAAGUGGAACUUUUAAAAAAGGAAUCAAUUAUUCCAUUGGAAGAUUUAUUAAAAGAUUUGCCACCAAAUUAUCUUGAUGAACGUGAUAAAAGUUUAUCGCCUGAAUUGAAAGAGAAUUUCGAAGAAGAAAAUGAAAAGAAUGCAGAUGGCGAUACUGAAUUUACCGUUGCUUCUGAUGUAUCAUCAGACGAUGAAGAGGACACAAUUAUGGAACAAGAGAAACUCGAGAAAAAUGAGGAUCAUAAACAAGAAUUGGAUGAUCUUAAAGCGGAAAAUGAAAUGUCUAUCGAUGAAUUAAUUUCAAAAUAUGGAGCUGGACAAGACAUUCCAAUGGAUGUCGAUAAAGUUUCAGAUCGAGAAUCUGAAGGAGAGAGUGACAAAGAUGAUGACGAUGAUGAGGAUGAGAAAAGUGAUCAAUCGGAAAGUGAAAGCGACUAUGAGGAUAAAGAUCAUGAUUCUCAAACUCAGAGUGAGGAUGAAACAGGCGUUGGUCUUAAAUCCCUUCUUGAAGAUUUAUCCGGCGAUCAGUCACUCAAUACCACUCAAGAAGCUGAAAGCAAUGAAAUGGACGACGUUGCCGCCUUGGCUGAAAGUAUACAACCAAAAGGAAAUACUUUACAAACGACAAGCGUCGUGACAAAAGUUCCAUUCCUAUUGAAACACUCGUUACGUGAAUAUCAACAUAUUGGAUUAGAUUGGCUGGUGACAAUGUAUGAAAGAAAAUUAAAUGGUAUUCUAGCCGAUGAAAUGGGCUUGGGAAAAACAAUUCAAACAAUUGCAUUAUUAGCUCAUCUUGCAUGUGAAAAGGGCAAUUGGGGUCCACAUUUAAUAAUUGUUCCUACGUCUGUGAUGUUAAAUUGGGAAAUGGAGUGUAAAAAAUGGUGUCCUGGUUUUAAAAUUCUCACUUAUUAUGGCACGCAAAAAGAUCGUAAACAAAAAAGAACGGGUUGGACAAAACCAAAUGCAUUUCACAUAUGUAUCACAUCAUAUAAACUUGUCAUUCAAGAUCAUCAAAGUUUUAGACGAAAAAAAUGGAAAUAUCUCAUUUUAGAUGAGGCGCAAAAUAUCAAAAAUUUCAAAUCACAACGAUGGCAAUUGCUUCUCAAUUUUCAAACACAAAGGAGACUGUUACUGACGGGAACACCACUUCAAAAUAAUUUAAUGGAACUUUGGUCAUUGAUGCAUUUUCUCAUGCCAAAUGUUUUUCAAUCACACAGAGAGUUUAAGGAAUGGUUUAGUAAUCCAGUGACGGGAAUGAUCGAAGGAAAUAGUGAAUACAACGAGAAUAUUAUUCGACGACUACACAAGGUCCUGCGACCCUUUUUACUCAGGAGGUUAAAGACUGAGGUGGAAAAACAACUGCCAAAGAAGUAUGAACAUGUUGUGAUGUGCCGAUUAUCAAAAAGACAGAGAUAUCUUUACGAUGAUUUUAUGUCUCGAGCAAAGACGAAGGAAACUUUAGCGAGUGGAAAUUUAUUGAGUGUCAUAAAUGUUUUGAUGCAAUUGCGAAAAGUUUGCAAUCAUCCAAAUCUUUUUGAAGUUCGUCCAACGAUUUCACCGUUUCAAAUGGAAGGCAUUGAAUAUGUCACAUCUUCACUCGUUGCCAAUGCACUCGACUACGAUCCGUUUGAGCAUAUCGAUUUGUCUUGUGUGAAUUUACUUUUGGUUAAGGUGGAAUUUAUGCUGACGGCAUUUAUUGCUCACAGAGCAAGACGUUUGCAAACUCCAAGAAAAUUAAUUGAAGAAAUUGAUAGUGCACCGGAACUACCGCCCCGUUGUCCUUCGGGAAAAAUUAAAAUCAACGUUCGUUUGUCAAAUCAAGCAAAAUCGACGAAUGUUCAACAGGCAAAGGCUAAAUGUAUUACUAGCGCUGUUUUAUCGCCAAGAGUUGGCACAUCACCUUUAAUUAAAAGCGCAAGCAAUCAAACACCCUCUGGACAAGGCGUGACAUUGAGAGUUGCUGGUGGACAACAAUUGCAAGGUUAUUCGGUUCAAUUGGUGCCACAUCAAGGAAGUGUGAAAGCAAUUCCACUGCCGCCAAAUUUACAAACAACAAAUGUCGGCUCAACGACAACAUCAUCAACAACAACCGGUGGUUCAAAUUCGCAAAAAAUCACCGUUGCAAACACCAAUAUUCGUGAGGGUCUACAAAGACUGGCAACGCAAACAGUUACCGUUAAACAGGGUGAUUCCGUCCAAAGGAUAGCAGUACCAUCGGGCUUUGCUCAUUUGGUACAAACGGCAACUGGACGACAUAUUCUCUUAACAUCAAAUCAACAAAAUGCCAACACUGUUGUAACACCGAGUGGACAACGUUUAACGGUACUUUCAAAAUCAUUGGUUGGCCUUUCAACAACUGCCGGUGUCAAUAAAGUAUUUAGUGGCGUUGUUACCACAACAUCAGGCGGACGACCAAUUGUUCGUGUUCCACAAUUAAAUAUGAAUACAUCGCAAGCACAUAUUGCGAGUGGCGCACAAAUACGUCCAAAUAUUGUAACAACAACAACAACAACAAAACAGCCUGUAUUGAAGGAAAUUGUCGCCAGCAACAAAGUGAUAACUAAAGAGGAACAAGCGCCAAAAUCGGGAUUUCAUAUGCCACAAGUUGAAGAUGAACGACGACGUCGACGACAGGGUAAACUUCGUUUAUUGGCAAAUGUAAAUGAGACACGAUGCGCCGCAUGUCCAUUGUAUGGUGAGGAUCUUUUUAUGGCAUUGCGAUUGGGUAAACCAGCGAAUGGUUGCCAAUGGCACGGUGGAUGGAUGCAUUGUACAAAUGCAAAGGAAGAAAGUCCACGUACAAGAAGACAAUUUUUCUCACGCACCGAAGCACUCGCUGAGGCAAUAAAAUCAACUGAGCAAAUUGUUGAGGAAUUGAAGGGUAUUUUUGAAAGAUUUGUCACAUAUGUGCCGGCAGUUCAAGCACCGCAGCCACGUUUUCAUUGUUCGCAUCCACCGCCACAAAAAUUGUGGGCCGAGCAACGUCUUAAAUUUGAAUUAAAACGACAAUUAUCACCAAAACUUGCACUACUUCAUCCAGUUGCAAGAUCAAUGUUGACACAAUUUCCCGAGCCACGUCUCAUUCAAUAUGAUUGUGGUAAAUUACAAUCGCUCGAUCAAUUAUUGAGGCGACUUAAAUCUGGUUCACAUAGGGUAUUAAUAUUCACGCAAAUGACAAGAAUGCUCGAUGUAUUGGAGGCGUUUCUCAAUUUUCAUGGUCAUAUUUACUUACGAUUGGAUGGAGCAACGAAAGUUGAUCAACGACAAGUGUUGAUGGAACGAUUUAAUGCGGAUAAGAGAAUAUUUUGUUUUAUAUUGUCAACAAGAUCGGGUGGUGUUGGUGUUAAUUUAACGGGGGCCGAUACUGUUAUUUUUUAUGAUAGUGAUUGGAAUCCAACAAUGGACGCUCAAGCUCAAGACAGAUGUCAUAGAAUCGGACAAACGAGGGAUGUUCAUAUUUAUAGACUUGUUAGUGAUAAAACGGUAGAAGAAAAUAUCUUAAAGAAAGCGAAUCAGAAACGAUUGCUCGGCGAUCUUGCAAUUGAAGGUGGAAACUUUACCACUGCGUACUUUAAGAGCUCGACAAUUCAAGACAUUUUCAAUGUCGAUCAAACGGAAGGUGAUGCCUCAACUCGAAUGGCCGAAGUUCUUGAUCAAUCGCGAGAGCGCGAGAGAAUUCUUCAAAGAGAGAGUUCAUCGUCACUGUCGCAACCAAAUUCAAUUGGUGAAGAGAAAGCAGCAAUGGGUGCAUUGGAAUCGGCUUUGGCCGCUGCCGAGGAAGAUCUUGACGUUCAAGCGGCGAAAACUGCCAAAGCAGAAGCCGUUGCCGAUUUGGCUGAAUUUGACGAAAAUAUUCCACUCGACGAACCCGAUAAAGAUGAGACGCAAAUUAGUAAAGCGGAAAUCGAAGUUCAAAACUUAGUUUCACAGUUAACGCCGGUCGAACGAUAUGCGAUGAAAUUCAUUGAGGAAGCGGAGGGAAGUUUUUCGGCCGCACAAUUGGCAGCAGCCGAACGUGAACUCGAACAGCAGAAAAAAGAAUGGGAAUUGGAUCGACUUCGUGCAUUACGCGAGGAGGAGGAAAGACAAAUGCGACUGGCCGAUGAUGAAGAAAAACCCCUAACGUAUGGUCGCGAGGACGCGGAAAAUCAGAUAUGGUUAUCGGAGAACACAAUGGAACAGAUGCCGAUGUGGUGUCCACCAACUCCACCAACCUCUGACAAUGAUGUUUACAUUGAUUAUUCACUGGGAUUUCUCUAUGAAAAUACACCAAUGUCCGAGGCUCAAUUGCCGCCAGUAUUCGUUAAAAAAGAACCAAAACGAAUUCGAGUCGAUCCCGUAAUAAGCGAGAGAGAUGGUCGUCGUCCAACAAAAGUUCGACACAAGGAGGAAUCUGUUUUUGCUCCACGUUCACUUUUCGAUAGACCAUCGCCGGCAUUAGCGAAAAUGCGACGCGACAUGAAAUUACACAAAAUUCGUGGAAUGGUACGACCAUUGUCAAGUGGUAUGUCUGGUUUGAAACCACCACUAUUAAAAUCACCAAAUGAACAGGAAAAUAUUCUCGAAUGGACAAUUCAUGAAGAUUGGUCUCUAUUGCAAUCAAUUCAGGUUUAUCAAAGUUUACCAUUAAAUUUAGUUGUUCUCUCACCUGGACAAACACCAAAUUGGGAUUUGGUGGCCGAUAUUGUAAAUAAUACCGCGCGAAUUUAUCGUUCACCAAAACAAUGUCGAAAUCGUUAUGAGGCUGUCAUUGUUCCAAGGGAAGAGGGAAAACUUCUCUACGAUACAACUCCAAAAAAGCAGAAAAAACAAAAGGGCGUCUAUAAAACGCCACAAGUUGCCGACCAACAAAGCAAAACAAAUCGACCAAUGAGAACAUCACAAUUGUACAAUCAGGAUAAGAAUUAUUCAUUUACCUCGAUAUCAUGUCAGAGGCAUGACGCAAUAAAAGCCGUGUCAAAUAAAAAGGCACCGACAACAAAGCCACUUUGCAUGAAUCCAUCGAUGAAAAAUCCAAAGCACGCGGCUGUAUUGGCAGAAUGUGGAAUACAAUACGAGGCACCUUCAUCGCCAAUGGAAAUUGCGGCACGUAAAGCCGAUAGAAUUGCAAAAGAAAAGAAAAAUGCCGUUUUAACUGCCGAACAACAACAACAAGCGGCAGCACGUCUUGUUCAACAGCAGCAACAACUUCAACAACAACAACAGCAGCAGCAGCAACAACAAAUACAAUUACAACAGACACAACCCGUCACUGGAACAACGUCACAAGUUCAUCAAAUUGCCCAAACAACAACUGCCACCGCCGUUACAGCAAUUACAACAACAACUUCGACAUUGACGUCAAUAAAAACCGCCACAACUGUUGCUUCAUUGGCGGGAAAUUCAACGCCAACAACGCCAAUUAAAACACGACCAAGUGCAACGCUUGCAAUUCAAGAAUCGCGUGUAACACCAACUGUUGUUAGUGUUGCAAAUAUUUCCACAUCGCAAAGAAUUGCAACUGUCAAUUUAGUACCGCAGAGUUCAACGGUGACAACGCCAAGAAAUUUUGUUGGCGUAACAACAGCCGGUGGUAAACAAGUGACACAAGCGCAACUUCAAUAUUUUGGACAGCAACAACUUUUGCGUCAACAACAUGGCAUUAAAGUACUUCAAUCGCAAGCUGGCGGAACGCAAAAAGUUGCCGUCACCGUACCAACGGGAACGGCGGCGCAACAACGUGCCGCAACACUUAUGAAACAACAGGCAACAGUGCAAACGACCAGUGGCGGUAAACAAGUGACGAGGCCCGUCACCGAGACGGAAAUGGCGGCAUUACUCAAGAGACAAGCGGCAGCAUCCACUGUUCUUCAGCAGGCGAAAACAGUUGCUCAGGUUCAAGUGCCAGGACAAACGGGUCUCACGCCAGCGCAAAUAUUCGCUCAAGCUGGUUUACAAGUGCAAGCGAGUACGUCGACGGGUGGAACGCCGGUGGCCACAUUGGUGAAAACAUCGGGAAUGGGAGUGCGCGCUGCGACAUCGCAACAAAUUCGUCAAUUACAAUUACAUCCACAAAUGCUUGCUCAAAGAAAAUUGCCCGGUGGUCAAAAAGUUGCACAAUUGGCACAAGUCACUGGCAAAGGUGGCGUACCAACGCAAUUAAUUGUACAAAAACAAUCGAUACCAACGACAAUGACUGUUCAACAUCUUCAACAAGUUAUGAAGCAAGUUCAACCGUCGACGGUUCAACAAUUCAGUCACGUCUCGACAGGACAGACUGUUGUCUCUCAACCGGGUCAAGUGGUUCUUGCAAAAUCACCAUUACAAACACGAGUGAUUCCCGUUGCUUCAAGAUCAUUGAAGCAAACAAUUCAAGUUGUGGCUGCAAGCGGUGCACAACUACGACAACCAAGUCCAAUUCAAGGGAAGCCAAUAGUGACAACGAGAGGUAGUCCCGGACCAAGUCAAGUAAGACUUCAAACUGUCGCCCAUCCAACACACACUCAACAAGCUCAACAACCGCAGAAUCCACCAGAUUCACAAUAGAAAAGAAAGAGAAAAUAAAACUUACAUCGACAAGAAGUAUUUUUUUUUUUUAAAUAAAAUUUACUUCUUAUUGAAAAUAUUUAAUGAAAUAAAAAAAAACAUUCCAUAAAGCGAGAAAGCAACAGUUUUCACAAAUUCUGUAAAUUAUUAGAAUUAUAAAUCAAAUUAGCACAUUCUUUUGAAUGCUCGGUUAUUUCUUCUUUUUCUUCUUCUUCUUCAAUUAAAAUAGAAAAUUGAAGAUCUUUAUUUAAUAAAAUAUAAAGACUUUAGUUGAUUAUUUAAGAUUGGAAAUAAUACACCUAAAAAAAUGAACAAAGACUGCAAAAAGAAAAAAGAUAACCGAUUAUAAAAUUUUUUUUAGAAUAAAAAUAGGUGACUAUUUUUUUCUCAAAAUGAAUUCAUUGCAGUAUCUAUCAUCAAAACAUAUACACAUCAUUUCUAUACACAUUCCUCCCGUGAAACGUUUUUGCCACCAUUUUUCGUGUUUGGAAAAAAAGAGAAACGUAACGAAAUGAUUAAAGAGAAAAAUAAAUAAAUGGUGGUUAAGGUUGUAAAUAAAAAAAAGCUGUGCAAAUUUCUUGUUAAUUAUACAAAAUUUUUUUUUUUUUUUUUUUUUUUUGUAAAUGUAUCGUUGAUAAUAGAAUAUUCAAUUACCGAUAUAUUUUCGGUUGUUAUUUUUGAUUUAAGGGAGGACAAGAUUCUUUGGCAAUUUGUUUAAUUGUUCAGAGAAUAGUUAAAUUUUUUUUCUUCUCAAUUAUAUAAUGAUAAUUUAGCAAUAAGAAUUGUAGAAUAAGUGAUUGUAUUAUUUAAAUGUCAAAUAUCUAAUUUUUAAGUAUUUAAUAUGCAAAUAACAUUUUAGAUAACAAAGAGUAAAAAAAUUGUCAAAUUUCGAUAAUCGAAAAUUGAAAAUAAGAUAUAUAAUGUAAUAUCUGAUGUUUAACUGUAAAAAUUAUAUUAGAUGAAGAUUUAGUUUAACUCUCUCACGAAUGCACAAUUUUUUUAAAAAAAAAUAAGGAUAAAUUUUAAACAACAAUUUUUUAAAUAGUCGAAUUAUGAAUAUAUUUUAACAAAUUAUUUAUAAUUUUUAAUUAUUUUUAUUUAUUUUUUUUUUUUUUUGAAAUGAAAGAUUAUUGUACAUUUGAUGAUUUAUUGAAAUUGAAAAUAUGCACAGAGUUUCUGGGAAAAUUGUUGAUUUGAGAGUUAAAUUAAUUCUUUAAAAAAAAAAAAUUUUUUUUUUUUGAAAAUUGCCUUUAACAAAAAUUGUCUUUUGAUUGGAGAAACCUAUGUUGUUCGUAAUGUGCAGAGUCGCUUGUAAUAUUAAAAAAAAAGAAAAUAAAAAAAUGCUUCAUUUCAA